AUGACGGACCAAAAUGGCGGGCAUCUGCUCAGCCAGUCUAAAAUCUGCGUGGUCUGCUCCCCAGAGCUGGGUCAAGAUACCGCGAUGCAGUUGGACAUACUAGUCAAAGACAACGGAGGCGAAGUCGUCAUACACGAAGAGCCCUCGCCUUUCCCCCCAAUACAAGAAUUCACGCACAUUAUCUCCUCUACAGCCGAUUUUCCAGCGUAUCAAUCCGCCUGCGAUGCGCUGAUUCCAGUGGUUAAGCCCCAGUGGCUACAGACAUCUAUCACAAAAAAUAAACUCGCAAACCCCCGCCAAUUCAAUCCAGAUCCAAGGUUAUUCUUUAGCGAUGUCGUUGUCACCUGCGGCGAUAUCCCGGAUGGCGACAAAGAUGCGAUUAUCGGUGGUGUGAUGGCCAUGGGAGGACUAUAUUCGCCCAGGGUCACUUCUCAAGUGACACAUUUGGUCGAUCUCAGCAUGGAUUCUGACAAGGCGAAGACGGUUCUGGCGAAAAAGAUGGGCGCAAAGAUUGUGCUCCCUCACUGGUUCGACGAUUGUUUGAAACUCGGACGGAGAAUCGACGAACGACCGUAUACUCUGCCCAAUCCGGAGAUUCUGCACGCUGGACCGAAUGCCCCAAUUCGUGGCGCUGGCAACCCAGAUAUUGUUGGCGCGUCUACUCCAGAACCUACUGAGUUACCUACUCCGUCUAGCUCGCCAUAUCAGAAUCGCAAUUCCAGUCGCAAUCUCAGUGUCUUUGAAGGAAAACACGUCAUGCUUUCUUCUGACCUUGGUAUCGGAUCGCAUCUUCUUGAAUCCAUCGAGGACUUAAUUCGCCAAGGAAACGGUAUCGUCACAAAAGACCUUACCAAAGCAGAUAUGUUCAUCUGUCGUUAUCGUGAAGGCUUCGAAUACCGCACAGCAUCGCGCUGGAACAAGGACGUUGGCAAUCUAUCGUGGCUCUACCACCUGAUUACCCACAAUACAUGGACAUCUCCUUUAAAGCGGCUUUUGCACUACCCAAUUCAUCGCGAUGGUUUACCUGCUUUCAAGGGUUUGCGAAUCAGUCUUUCCAAUUAUGCCGGAGAAGCACGUGCGUACCUCGAAAACCUCGUUCAGGCUAUCGGAGCCGAAUGCACCAAGACUUUAAAGCAAGACAAUAGUCAUCUUAUCACAGCACAUGGCAAUAGUGAAAAAUGUACCGCAGCCAAGGAGUGGGGUCUCCAAGUUAUAAAUCACCUAUGGCUAGAGGAAAGCUACGCCAAAUGGAAGAUGCUGCCAGUUUCCGACCCGCGAUAUACUCACUUCCCUCGGCGAACUAACUUAGGAGAGGUGGUUGGCCAGACGAAACUUGACAGAAAUGUGCUCGAACAGGUCUUCUUCCCUGCAGAGGCCAAUGCAGAUGAGUCCCGGGUGAUGCAGUCAAAGGACCAGAACAUUGUUGCCAACCCAGAAAAUAACAAAAACAUGAACCCACCCAAGGUUCGAGCCAAGUCAGCUGCCCAAUCUCCAGCUCCAACAACAACAACAACACAGGCCGCGACACCCCAUACAGGCAAAUCAUCCCGCAAGGUUUCGUCAUUGGGAGAAGCAAAGACACCACUAGCCUCGCGGUUUUUGGAAGAUGGGAAAGAAAACGACACGCCAUCCACAAACAGUAGCCGGAAGUCCAAAGAUGCUGCUGCUGCCCGCAUUCAUAGUAUUGCGCCUGAUAUUGCUCUCUAUGAGAAAGAGAAGAAGCGGGUUGGCGGUGUGAUAUACGGGGGACGUCGAAAGACCGAUGCAGACCUCGUGCCUCCAAACACCAAGAAAAGACGAUCGGCCGAGCCCGAAGAGGAAGACGAAAUCGAGGACGACAAAGGUGAUCCGAAGCGCCAGAAAAAGGCUAAGCUUCCUCCUAUUUCUAUUCAUCUGGUCAUUACUGGCUACCAAAGAUGGAUCGGGAGUAUCAAGAAAGAGGAUUCGGACAAGCGACAACUUCGUGACUUAGGCAUUGCCAUUGUCCAGGACGCCAAGAAGUGCACACAUCUUGCAGCUCCGUCAAUUCUACGAACACCAAAAUUCGUCAAUGCGCUAGCAUACGCCCCCGUCAUCGUCAACGUUGAUUAUAUUACACAAUGCCUUGAACAGAACGAGCUGCUUGACCCUUCCAAUUAUGCACUCAAGGACAAAACAACUGAGAAAAAAGUCGGCUUCACUCUAGCAGCAGCACGUGAACGAGCUAAAAAGAACCAAAACAAGCUUCUUCGAGGCUAUAAAGUGUGCUGUGUGGAGACCAUCCGUGGCGGGUUCGACGCUUUCAAAUCCAUCGUCGAGGCGAACGGAGGCGAAUGCACAUUGUUUCGAGGGCGUGUGUCGAUCAAUGAUACCCGCCGUGACGAUUCUAGCUCCGACGUCGAAGAAAACAAUGUAGACCAUUCGAUGAAGAAUGAUGUGUUCCUUCUUAGUGGCGAGGAGCCCGAGCAUGCCAAGCUCUGGCCUCGGUUCCGUCAGAUGGUGUUCGAGGUGGGCAAGACGCCUCGCAUCGUCAAUGUCAACUGGCUUCUCGACAGCGCCAUGUCCCAGGAGGUUCGUUGGAAGGACGAUUAUGAAUACAUCACGAAUGAGGAGGAUUCAAGCGACUAG